AUGAGACACAGACAGUCUGUUGGAAACGGACCAACACUUCUUGCAAAUCUUUAUCCCGGCACUCAACCUCAAUUUUAUGGUAAAUUUAAACAUGAUAACAGACUUACAGUAGAGAGCCAUGAAAAUCAAUUUACUUUAAAAAUCAAUAACACAAAGCCAAACGACACUGGAAUGUAUUACUGUGCUGCUCGGGAUUAUAGUUAUAUUGUUUUUGGAAAUGGAGUAUUUCUCACUUAUGAAGGAUCAGAUUUGAAGCAUCAGCAUUAUAUUAAAGAAGUUGUAUCUCAGGACCAGACACAGGAAAGUCUGAAAUUAAAAGAGUCGCUUCAUCCAGGAGACAAUGUGACUCUGCAGUGUACAGUAGUCGCUCAGAACAGUGCAGGAGAACACAGUGUGUUCUGGAUCAGACAUGGUUCAGGAGAAUCUCAUCCAGGAAUCAUUUACACUGAUGGAGACAGCAGUGGUCAGUGUAAGAACAGAUCUGAUGCUGGAUCUUCUACACAGAGCUGUAUCUACAGUCUCCCCAAGAGGAACCUCAGUACCUCUGAUGCUGGAACUUACUACUGUGCUGUAGCUACUUGUGGAGAGAUUCUGUUUGGUAACGGCACUACACUUGAAUUAACAGGUGAGCAGAAACAUGAAUAA